GCACAGGAAGCCCAGAUGAAAGAAAUAGAUUAUAAAAAAAUAAAAAGUUAGAUCUAGAAGAUAAACACCGAGACUACGAGUUUGUCUCAUUUGUUAACAUUCAAAUUAUCGUUUUAUUUUCGUUAUUAACUUACGGCAUUCAAUUUUUAGUUUAGUUGAUGGGUGUCAGAUUAUAAUUCAGUAAGUUUAUCAAUAAUGGAUCCUGAUCAAGGACAAGCUGGUGGAGAUGAAGGUUUUGCAGAUGGUGAGGUUCCUGAUGAUGAAGCAAUGGAAGUGGCCAAUGCCAAUAAUGAAUCUGAUGAUGAAGUCUUACAAGGGCCUAAAGCAUCUGUUUAUUUCUGUGACUAUGACCCAGGCAAGCAGGGGCAUGAUAUACCAAAAGAAGAAGUGGAACAGAUGAUGCAGGCAGAAGCUUAUCAAAGAAAGAUUGAUACUUGCCAUUUGUGUGGCAAGUGUUGGUUUGAUAACCAGUUCAGUCAAGAUUGCACAGAAUGCGGUGGAUUUGCCAUGACUAGAAAUUGUCCUAUAUGUCUAGGCCGGUGCAGUGAAAUGUGGAAAAGAAACGUCAAGAUGUCACACAGCUACCAUGAAGCCUACUGGGAUGGAGCCUGCGGCCUACCUGAACACUUACAAAGGCCAUAUCACAUAGAGCGCUUCACAGACUCUUCAGAAGAUGGACUAUCACAGUGUCUUCAGGAUCUUUCUACUAGCUAAUCUCCCCCCCCCCCCCCCCCAAACAGAAACUGCAUUUUUUUUUUUUCUCUUUUUAUUCAUCUGCCAGUUGCCAGCUCUGGGUUUCUAUUGAAAUAAAAAAGCUUGAGCAUGGUAUAGAACUUGACCUACAUUUUAUAUGUAAUACUUUGGAAUGGCUGCACCUCAAGUCCAGCAUUUUUCUUGGCAUAGAAUGAAAUUAAUUUUAUACAAAAUGAUCAAAAACGUCUUUUCAAUUUUGGGAAAUGUCCUUUUGUUACUUGAGGUUUAACUGCUGUUAGGUGCUCAGGGGCUACUUCAAUUAUUUAAAUAGACUUUCAUUUUCCUUGUCCCUUUACAGUAUUUAGAAGUCAAUGCUCAUUGUAUACUGUAUGAAUGCUUUGGUCCAUUACUGACAGACUUCUCUAAAAGGUUUAUCUGUGCCUGGUUUAUAGAAGAAGAAAGCUGUGAACAAACUGAAGAAUGUAGAAGCAGAACAGAAAAGUGCUCCUCAUCCUUUAUUCAGCUUUUUUGGGUAUCAAGCGGUAUAAUACUGAGCUUUAUCAGAGGAGUGAAAGAAGUUGUCUUCACCACUUGGUGACAGAAGAGACAUGCUAUGUGCUAGAGAACCAACACAUUUGUUGAGAGAGCAGUCUAUGUGACUAUACACCACCUGUAUCAAGUCAUCAUGGCACUAGAAAAAUAAACAUUAGCCUUAAUGAUAUCUAGCAAUAAAUAAGUAUCAUACAAUUAUAUGUAUAAAAAAAAAUAUUAAAAAUUCCUUUGUAUAUCAUUAAUGAGGCACACAAUACUUAAAUAAGAUAAUAAUUUCUUUUAGAUAUUUUUGAAGCAAAUUGUUGAAUGCUUUUUGUACAUUUCAAAGAGGACUUGUGUUCAAUGCUUAAGUCAAGUAUUAUUUUAUAAUAUAGAAUUACAGAUGGCAUAAAAGAGUAAACUGUGUGACCAUUGUGCUUACCACAAACACUAGUUAACACUUACCACAUUGCUGACCUUUAGUCUUCUGUGGCCUCACUUGUGAACUCUAUUUCAAAUAAAACAAAUUUGUCUAGGAA